AUGCACCGUUCAACCGUCUCUCGUGUAGCUCAGCAUGGCGUCUCAGCUCUUGCUGAGCUACCGCCGCCAUACCUCGCACCUUCCCUCCAUUUCUCGAAAUCCCGAGCUCCCAUCCAGACCUCGAGCUUCUCCACGACCUCCGCUGUCGCUGCUCGCCGUGGACGGGACAUGAACAGAACUCGUGGUGUGUCCGCGAUUCAUGGCACUGGUCCGCGCUUCCCCUUGAGCGCCUCGAAAUACCCAUUGCCUAAGCCCGUUUCACGGGACCAGAUGAAGGCUCGUCCUUCCACUCCGAACCACGGCCUAUGGGGAUUCUUUCCUCCAACGCAUGAGGCACUGAGCACUACGGAAUACGAUGCUGCUUUUGGACGACCGUGGUCAGUCCAGGAGCUACGGAAUAAAAGCUGGGACGAUCUCCACAAGCUGUGGUGGGUGUGCGUGAAGGAGCGCAAUCGCAUAGCCACCUCGAACCUAGAGCGGUCUCGACUGAAGGCCGGAUUCGGUGACCAUGAGGCUAAUCAGCGCGACGAUGCGAUCGUUGUCACGCAAAAGACCAUCAAGCAUGUCCUCCGUGAGCGCUUCUAUGCUUGGGAGGAUGCCAGUCGCCUGUACGCCAAGGGAUACCGGCCCCAGGAUCAGGACAGCAUGGAGGAAGCUGCUUUGGAAGAAAUGACGCCUGCUGAGGACCCUUUCAAAGAGGGCUCUGUGAAGGAGACCAAGCUGUGA